ACCUAGCUCUUGAAUGCACACACAGUGGCACAGGAUUAUGUUCUUUCUCUUUUCCUGCUCUCACUCGGUGGGAGAGCACACAGCAUUUACAACCGUUUGUACUUGGCCCACUUAUAUGUCACAUAAAAUCUCUCAAAAUUGACUCCAUGUAACCACCCUUCCCAUGAAUUUCUCUAUUCCAAAGAGAAGAAUGCCAGCAUUUUGUUUCUGCUCGUUGCAUUCCGGUCUACCAGUUUUGGUUUUCUUCUCUUAAUUUUAAUUGGACAUCAAUGAAUUCUUCAAUCCCUUUUGCAACUGCUGAGUAGUUACAGGCUUCAUCACUCACAUGUUCUUUCACCAAAGGUUCAACGUGUAGAUGUUCCAGUGAAUGCUUUACUGGAAAAGAUCAAGAUUCAACAAAGUUAAAGUUGUGACCUUUAUUGGAAAAUUGAGCUUCUGAGUGUAUCGUGAGAGAGUUCCACCCAGCAAUUUUGAUUUUUUUCUCAUUUUCUUAACCUUUUUCACUGAGGAUUGAAGAGAAUGGAGGUUGGGGAAAUGGACAGAAAGGAGCCACAACUUGAGGUUCCUUGGAUCCCCACCACUCCUGUUAAGCCUGGUCCUCCAAAACCAGUGCCGAUCUGCACAACUGGGGAAGGAAUGGGCCAUCAUGCAAAUGGAGCAGUUGCAUGUGCUGAAUUCUCACUUGGUGAAGAGAAAAAUUGCAGGUCACGUGAUGGGUCAGUUGCAAACAUUGCAGGUGACAAUGGAAAAACUUAUAAACAGACAGCUUCUGAUGCUGUUUCCAUCUACGGUAAUCCCGGCUUUACGGAACAUUUGUUCACGGUAGUGGCAGAAUCGGCAAACUCAAAUGUGAUCCAACAAGAGGGUAACGAUGGAUUGAAGAAUCCAUUUAUUCCUUCGAUCAUCACCCGCGACAAUUCCCGGGAUUCUCAGGAAAUAUCAUACAUUGCAUGGUGUAGCAAGAGAACUUCCCAAGAUACCUCAUUUACAGUUGACACCAACAAAGUAGAAACCAGACAAAUAGCAUCAAUGCAAAUCACUGUGGAAGAAAAGGAUCCUGGAGGGGAAGAGAAAAAUGUCCCAGCCAAAAAGUUUGACAACAAUGUACCACCAAUCAAUAAAGAACUCUGUGACCCACUCACAGAAUUCACUUCUGUUUCUUCUCCAUUCAAGGACAAUGACAACCUAGACAAGGGAAGCAGCCACGAUACUGAUCUGAAUAAAACACCUCAACAAAAAUCAAGGAGAAGAAAACACCGUCCCAAAGUCAUCAAAGAAGACAAACCCAAAAGAACUCGGAAGCCUGCUACCCCGAAGGCUGUUCAAUCAAAAGACAACCUGACUGGCAAGAGGAGGUAUGUGAGAAGGAAGGGAUUGAACAAGACUGCUGCUUCUCCAGCAGAAGUGACUGGAGAAUUAGCUAAAGAAAUGCCUGGAUCUGCCAACAUAUCUUGUAGAAGAUCCUUAAAUUUUGACAUGGGAACAAAAGAUGGAAGUUCUGUAGACAUAGAAAAUGCAACACUUCUUGGCAAAGAAAAUGGAGUAGUCGUUCAACAAACUGAUGUAGGCCUAGCCAAUGAUCUGAACAGUUACAUGAAGCAGGCAUCAAACAGUCACAUGUCAUUACCAGAAGACACACAAGCCCCCAGCACACCGUCAAGAAAAAGGUCUGGGACAAAGACAACAGAAAACUCAACUGGCAAGAGGAAGUAUGUGAGAAGGAAGGGAUUGAACAAGACUUCUACUCCUCCAACAGAAGUGACUGGAGUAUUGACUAAAGAAAUGCCUGGAUCUGAGAAAAUAUCUUGUAUCUCAUUAAGUUUUGACAUAGGAACAAAAGAUCAAAGUUCUGCAGACAGAGAAAAUGAAACUGCACUUUUAGGCAAAGAAAAUGUAGUCAUACAAGAAACUGACGUAGGCAUAGCCAAUAAUCUGAGCAUAGCCAAUAAUCUGAAUAGCUCCAUGAAGCUGGCAUCAAACUGUCACAUGUCAUUACCAGAAGACACACAAGCCCCAAAUACAUCUACUUCAAGAAAAAGCUCCGGGACAAAGACAAUGGAAAACUCAACUGGCAAGAGGAAAUAUGUGAGAACAAAGCAAUUGAAUAAAACUUCUCCAACAGGAGUGACUGGAGAAUUGACUAAGGAAAUGCCUGGAUCUGUCAAAAUGUCUUUUGUAAGCUCCUUAAAUUUUGACAUUGAAACAAAAUAUCAAAGUUCUGCUGAUUUAGAAAAUGCAACUGUACUUUUGAGCAAAGAAAAUGGAGCAGUCAUAAAAGAAACUGUAGGCCUAGCCUAUGAUCUGAACAGUUCCAUGAAGCAGGCAUCAAAUAGUCACAUGUCAUUGCCAGAAGACACACAAUCCCCAAAUACAUCUUCAAGAAAACGCUCUGGGACAAAGACACAGGAAAACUCAACUGGCAAGAGGAAGUAUGUGAGAAGGAAAGUAGUGAACAAGACUUCUCCAACAGAAGUGACUGGAGAACAGACUAAAGAAAAGAUGCCCGAAUCUGCCCAAAUGUCAAGUAUAGGGUCUGUAAAUUUUGAUGAAAGAGCAAGAGAUCAAAGUUCUGCAGUGAAAGAGUGUGUAACUGUGCAUUCAGGCAAUGAAAUUGGUGAAGUCAUGUGGGAAAUGAAGCAAGUACCUUAUGAUACACAAUUUCCAAGUACAUCUUCAAAAAUUAACCUCCCUGGGGCAAAGACAGAAAACCCUACUGGCAAGAGGAAGAAUGUGAGAAAGAGAGGAUUGACUAAUGCUGCUCCUAUUCCUCCAACAGAAAUGAAAGAUUUGACUGAAGCAAUGAUGCUUGAAUCUAAUAAUAUGUCAUGGAGAAGGUCCUUAAAUUUUGGCAUGGGAACAAUAGAGAAAAGUUAUGCAGGCAGAGAAAAUUUAGUUUUGCACAUUGGCAAGGAAAAUAAUAUUGUGUUAGAGGAAACAAAAGUUGGCCUUGCCUAUAAUCGAGACACUCGAAUGAAGCAGGCAUUAAAUAAUUACAUGCCAUUACCUGAAGAAAUGCAUGACCCAAGUAAAUCCAUUUCAACAAUCAAUCCCCUUGGGGCAAAGCUCAAUGCAAACUCUGCAGAGAACAAACAUAAAAGAAAAGGCCAGUUAACUACUCAGAAUGGAAACAUUAGUAAUAGUCAAGUUUCAACAAUAAGGUUGCAAAUGGAUGGUUCAAAGAGACAACACUCUGGUACCAUUAAAUGUGCAGAUGAUAGUGACAUGAAUCUGAUUGGGGCACACUACAAUGGAUUGCCCACAUACCAGACAAACUUUUGGGUUCAAUUUCCAAACUUGCAGAAGAAAAGAAGAACUGAAAAGGGGAAGACUUCCAACACUUAUGUUACAUCUUCAGUGACUACUACAGAAGUCCAACCAACACACCCUCAUGAAGAUGCUCAAGUGCAUCCAUGUGCAUCAAGCUCCAACUGCUGGAUUUAUAGUUCUGGAUAUAACACAGAACAAGUCCCAGCCAUGUGUGAAUCAACAGAAAAUGUUAUUGAUAAUUCUCAAACAUUUGAAGAGUUCCUCUUGUCUUUGAGAAGACUGACAGAAAGAUCUCAAUCCCCUACUCAAAUUUAUGAUUUUGGUUCUCUAACCAGAAUUGGAAAUUGUGAUGCUGAGCCGAGUUAUACUGCAAAACAACUAGGCCUGUCUGCCCAACAAAAAUGCAUUGAUGCUUUGGUUCCAGAAACACGUACAUCACUCACAAAAAAGAAGCGGAGUAGAAAGAAAGGUGCUCUUUCCAGUUCAGCAUAUUCUAGCACCAAUGAGAUGCAACAGCACCAUAAUUUUACAGGGGGAAAUAACCACCUACCAGUGCCAAUGGGCCAAUCAAUGGGUAUUUCAACUGAAUAUAUUUUGCAUGAAGUUCUAUGGAAAACCAUCAACAACGUAGAUGCAUUAACAGAGCAAUUUAGACAACUAACCAUAUAUGCAGAAGCCAGAGAUCUUGUCUUAUAUGAGCAGAAUGCAGUUGUCCCUUAUAACCAGCAAAAUCAAAACAGCCUUAUCCAUGGAGACGGUGCCAUUGUUCCCUUUCAGGGACCAUUUGAACCCAUCAAGAAACAGCAUCCACGACCAAAAGUUGACCUUGAUGAUGAGACUGAUAGAGUGUGGAAGCUUUUGAUGUUAGAUAUAAACAGUCAUGGGAUUGAUGGAACAGAUGAAGACAAGGCCAAAUGGUGGGAAGAAGAACGAAAGGUGUUCCGUGGACGAGCAGACUCAUUUAUUGCACGAAUGCAUCUUGUACAAGGAGACAGGCGAUUUUCUAGAUGGAAAGGAUCAGUUGUAGAUUCAGUGGUUGGGGUUUUCCUCACUCAAAAUGUCUCUGACCACCUUUCCAGCUCUGCAUAUAUGUCCCUUGCUGCUCGAUUUCCCAAACAAUCAAGCAGCACGUCUGAAACAUACCAUGCAGAAGACAUGAAGCUGGUAGUCAACAAACCACAAGUGCAUAUAGUGGAACCAGAAGAGAACACAGAAUGGGAUGUCAAAUUAUUGAAUCAAUCUGUUUAUGACCAAAGUUCUAUGACAGUAGAUAUAGUUGAGCAUUCUGGAGAAAAAGCUGUCAACAGCAAUGAUUCCUGCAGAACUGUCAGCAGUGUAAUUAGCUUAACAGAUGAAUCAAACUCCAGACUUUCAGAAUCAUCUCAAAGAAAUAUUAAGGAAAAUUGUAGUCCAACAAGACGUGAACUACUUAGUGCUACAAUUGAGGAAGAAGAAAAAUCAGGUUACAAUGGUGAUGGGAAAGAGUUAAAUGACAUAGUUUCAUCCCAAUGCUUUGUUGUUUCAUCUCAAAUCUAUGGAGAUUUUUCAAAUGAUCAAAAUCCUGAGAAGAUAGGAUCAUGCUCAGAUAGCAACUCAGAAAUAGAAGAUCUGUCCAGCUCAGCAAAGUACAACCAUUUUGAUAGCAGCACUUCCUUCUGUAAACUUCUAGAAAUGGUUAGUUCAACCAGGUUUUAUGAUGAUAACAGUCAAAAAAGCAGAAAUGAGAGUUUAAGAGAUACAUAUGAUCAAUCUAUAUGCAUGCAACAUGACAACCCUACAGAAAGCUUGAAAAAACCAAAUGUUACUCCAGGCCCUUCAGAAGCAUCAAUCAUCACAUCCCAUGGAUGUACUUUUAAACUCACCCCCAGCUCAGGAGUGCUUGAAGAUAAUGGCUUUGAUCCUUUCAAAACAGAACCCUCAUCAAGUAGCAUCUUAAAGAAUAAAGAUGAAAAUGAUAUGAACAGACCAAGUUUUCAAACAGCAGAGCCUGCAGGUCAAGUUGCAGUUAUCCAUUCUCAAAGUAUUGUAUCUCAAGUCCAUCCACAGGAACAAAGCAAACACGCGCAGCAAAGCUUUUUCAACAAUGCUGGACAAGCUCAAGAACUUUUACAGAAAGAAAGGGGGUUAGAUCUUGGUGACCACAAAAAUGAUGCGAGGAACGAAACCAAUGAGAUAAGUUCUGCCCCACUAAAAUUAAAGAGCAGAGGACAAGGAAAGGAGAAAAAGGACGAUUUUAAAUGGGAUAGUUUAAGAAUAAAGGCACAAGCUAAGGCUGGGAAAAGAGAAAAGACAGAGAACACCAUGGAUUCCUUGGACUGGGAUGCUGUGAGAUGUGCAGAUGUUAAUGAAAUUGCUAAUACAAUCAAAGAACGGGGCAUGAACAACAGGCUUGCAGAACGUAUUAAGAAUUUUUUGAAUCGAUUGGUUGAAGAACAUGGAAGCAUUGACCUUGAAUGGCUGAGAGAUGUUCCACCUGACAAAGCAAAAGAAUAUUUGCUCAGCAUAAAAGGAUUGGGAUUGAAAAGUGUGGAGUGUGUGCGGCUUUUAACACUGCACCAUCUUGCCUUCCCAGUAGACACAAAUGUUGGACGUAUAGCAGUAAGACUGGGAUGGGUACCUCUCCAACCCUUGCCUGAGUCACUACAGUUGCAUCUCCUAGAACUGUACCCAGUGUUGGAGUCAAUACAAAAAUAUCUCUGGCCUCGACUGUGCAAGCUAGACCAAAGAACAUUAUAUGAGCUACAUUACCAGAUGAUUACAUUUGGAAAGGUCUUCUGUACAAAAAGCAAACCGAAUUGUAAUGCAUGCCCUAUGAGAGGAGAAUGUAGACACUUUGCUAGUGCAUUUGCAAGUGCAAGGCUUGCCCUGCCUGGACCAGAGCAGAAGAGUAUAGUUAGCACAGCCAGAAAUAGUGUGACUGAUCAUAACCCAUCUGAAAUCAUCAGUUCGUUGCACUUGCCUCCCCCCGAGAACACAAGCCAAGCAGAAGAAAUUCAACUAACAGAAGUGAGUAGGCAAUUGGAAUCAAAAUCUGAAAUAAAUAUCUGCCAUCCUAUCAUUGAAGAGCCGACUACUCCAGAGCCAGAAUGCUCUCAAAUAUCAGAAACUGAUAUAGAGGAUGCCUUCUAUGAGGAUUCAUGUGAAAUUCCUACCAUCAAGCUUAACAUAGAAGAGUUCACUCUGAAUUUACAAAAUUAUAUGCAAGAAAAUAUGGAACUUCAAGAAGGUGAAAUGUCAAAGGCUUUGGUUGCUUUGAAUCAAGAAGCUGCCGCCAUUCCUAUGCCCAAGUUGAAAAAUGUGAGCCGAUUACGAACAGAACACUGGGUUUAUGAACUCCCAGAUAUGCAUCCUCUUCUUGACGGGUGGGACAUGCGAGAGCCUGAUGAUCCAGGCAAAUACCUUCUUGCUAUAUGGACGCCAGGUGAGACAGCAAAUUCUAUACAGCCACCUGAAAGCAAAUGCAGCUCACAAGAAUGUGGCCGACUCUGCAAUGAGAAAGAAUGUUUCUCGUGCAACAGUUUCCGCGAAGCAAAUUCGCAGAUAGUUAGAGGGACAAUCCUGAUACCAUGUCGAACAGCUAUGCGGGGAAGCUUUCCACUAAAUGGAACUUAUUUCCAAGUCAAUGAGGUAUUUGCUGACCACGACUCGAGUCUUAAUCCAAUCAGUGUUCCCCGAAGUUUGAUCUGGAACCUCAAUAGGCGAACAGUAUAUUUUGGAACCUCCGUCUCAUCAAUAUUUAAAGGCUUAUCAACACAAGAAAUUCAACAAUGCUUUUGGAGAGGGUAUGUCUGCGUGCGAGGGUUUGACAGGAAAUCGAGAGCACCCCGUCCUCUGAUGGCUAGACUACAUUUCCCAGCUAGCAAGUUGGCCAAGACCAAAGAGAAGACCAAAAAAGAGUCGAGUUCAGUGAAAACACAAGGAUUGAAACCAAACACAGAAUACCCAGAAUUGAUUUCGAACGGUAGCAACCUUCGGGAGACGGGAAGAGCCUGAAGUCAAGUCAGUAACAUUCGUCCCAUGCUGUGUUGCCCUAGUAGCAUGUAUAUAUCGACGAAAUCAUUGUUUAAUUUAACUUUGAGCUCUUCUUAUCAUGCUCUAUGAGCAGUUUUUCUAGAUUAGGACCCAAUAAUAUGGCAUCGGUGCACGUAGGCUCUAGCUCUUCUUUUUGCAUCAAAUAAUCAUUGCAUGAGGAGAAGGGUGAGCAAUGUCUGCUGAGGUACAUGCAGGAAUAUUCUAGAUUUGAAUAUCAUGCCCCUCC